ACCUGCAUAAAAGCACCUGCAGCUCCAGCCCGAAUCACAGCAGCACCUUCACUCUCCUGAAGAGACUGGCUGAACACCUGAUCCACAGAGACGCAGACAUGGCAUCUCGAGUUGCAGCUUUGAUCUUCCUGGGUCUCCUCUGCGUUCAGCUUGCAUCAGCUGAAGUUCUAAAGGACUGCUGUUUAUCAGUCAGCAAAAACCGCGUGCCAGCUAAAUUCGUUGUGAGCUACUACAUUCAGGAGGCAGGGAAAGGCUGCAACCUCAGUGCCACUGUGUUUGAAACCAAAGGCGGCAGACGGCUGUGUAUCGUCCACCCCGAUGGAUUUCCCUGGGUGCAGAAGGUCAUCAGCAUUGUGGACAGCAGGAAACCAGCAUCCCAGUAAAAAGCUAAAGGAGUCUGAUUGGAGGCAGAAACUUUCUCAACGUUCAAGCUGCUCUGUUCGUGUGUUUCGCAUUCUCUGUCCUGCAAACCAUGCGGUUUGGCUGAAAACCUGUUCCUCCUGAGGCGGCUUGAGCGCGCUCAGACGCAGCGGCAAAGCUGAUCACCGAGGAGACUGACGCAGAGAGCUCAUCUUUUGUUAUCAUUUGUUAUUGUAAUUGUCAUAACUGUUAUGAAAUGGUGCUGCUUUUUUCAUGAAAUACUAAAUGUGAAACUGGAGAGGUCAAAUAAACUUUAUAUGGAUUUUGUACA